CUAGUGCUUGAUGUUCUGUCAGAAACAGAAAAAAAAACAUUCCGAAAGUGUCUGGAACGCAGAAAAGCUUGCAAAUAUUUCAUUUUAUUUCGUAAUUUUACAUUAAAUUAUCUACAAAAUUCAACUUUGCAGGGCACAUUGGAAUAAAAUCGUUAAACCUGGAAAAACAUUCACCGUUAGAAAAUGUCCUCCCCAAUCAGUUCCUCCUCGGAAUACAACAGCUGUCUGGAUGAGACGCUAAGCCCGUCCAAGCUGGACCUCUCGCUGACUGAAUCCGACAUUGAAAACGUAAACCUGUCCCAGGGCUGGAACGAGCUGCUGGUUCCGGGGACGGGCGUCGGCCAAAAGUCAACGCCACGCGACUCCCGCGAGUCUUCGCGCGCCCUGCUGGACAGUUUGAAGAAUAACAACAUGUACGAACAGCAACAGCAGAGCCAGAAAAGUCCGUCCCGGUCGCUGGACAGCACACUCAACAUGGACGGAAUCGGGGACGGCAGCAGUACGCUUUCGUUUCUGUCCAGCUCGGACGAGGCGUCGGUUCUGGUGAGUGACGAUGAAACGACGACGACGAGUUCGAGUGUAACGGCGCCGAAGCCAUCGCUGGUUACGAGCGGCGGGGAGGAAAGUUUGACGAUCAAGGAUUCGAAGGAUACCACGCACAAUGUGUCGCAGAUUCCGGGGGAUGACGAUCAGGUGACCGAGCCGGGGACGAGUCAGGCGAGCCAGAAGGAUGCGGUGAAAAUUUACGGAAGUUUGGAGGAAUUUGAUCGGAACCUUCCCGAUACGGUCACGCUGUUGACCACACCGCAGGGAAGCAAGGUUUAUCUCGUCGGAACGGCUCACUUUAGCGAGAGUUCGCAAAAUGAUGUUUCGCUUGUGAUGCGGAACGUUCAGCCGAACGUGGUCAUGCUGGAGCUGUGUCCGUCCCGGGUCCACAUUCUAAAGUACGACGAAAAGGCGCUGCUCGAGGAAGCAAAGGACAUAAAUUUGGCCAAGAUCCAGAGCAUCGUCAAAUCGAACGGAGCCAUCAACGGGUUGUUCUACAUUCUGCUGCUAAACAUGAGCGCCAAAAUCACCAAGAAACUUGGCAUGGCCCCAGGCGGAGAGUUCCGGCGAGCCGUCAACGAAGCCGCGCGCAUUCCAAACUGUUUGAUCCAGCUGGGAGAUCGCCAGAUCAACAUCACGCUGCAACGAGCUCUGCGAGGACUCUCUCUGUGGCAAACCAUCAAGCUGAUCCCGAAGCUGCUCAUCAUGGACGACGACAUCAGCGUCGAAGAGGUCGAGCAGUGCAAACAGAAAGACCUGCUCGAGGAAAUCAUGCUUGAGAUGGCCGGCGAAUUCCCAGCCUUUGGCCGUGUCUUUGUCGCCGAGCGAGAUCUCUAUCUGUGCCACUCGCUCCAGGUUGCCGCCUUGCCCCAGCAGCUUGCCGAUAGAAGCGUGCAACCCGUGAACGUGGUCGGAGUCGUCGGAAUUGGCCACGCCGCUGGCAUCAUCAAGCACUGGGGCAAGGUGCAGAGCGCUGAGAUUGCGUCCAUUGUGACCAUUCCGCCGGCCAGCACGAGCCAUCGAGUGGCCAAGUUUGUGCUAAAGUACGGAACGAUUUCACUGUGCGCGUACGGCGUGUUUCGGUUCGUGCGGCCUCGGCUCCACAAGUGGUUGUGAUCUGCGGUGUACUUCCUGGUGCUCGAAAGCUACUAACUGUGUAUUCUGUUUUUUAAACACAUUUAUUUUUUUACUAUUUUGACCACAUUUUCUCCACAACGUCUCUGGCGAGCUCGCGCAUGGAUCAACGCAGCAGAAUAAAAAUUGUACAGUGUAACGAGAGCAAAUCAAAAUCGUUGUAUAAUUCUGAAUAUUUAUAAAUCUACACAUAUGAAAGAUAUCGAUUUACGAACUUACUAGCGGUAGACAAAUUUAAAGCGUUCCAAUAAACAGGUAAAAUUACAGUUAACUUAA